AUGAUAAUUGCUUAUGUGAUGCCAAUGUUGUGUUUAAUAAACAGAUUUUUCUUAAGUGCCACAACAGCUCAAAUUCCUGCAGUCUUUGAAGUGCUUGUUUAUAUUCUAUCAUUCAUAUACCUCCUAUUCAAUAAAAGCAGUCCUGUCAAAAAAUAUACCAAAAAUGCGUCUCAGCAUGACUCAACCCCAGAAGUGAAACUCAAUAAGAGUAAUCUAGAAGAAGAAACCAUUAAAGAAGAAUCUCAAAUUUCUUAUGGCUCUUUCCUUAAUGAUUUAGAAAGCGAAAUAAAAUUCCCUAUUCAUAGCAGCAAACCUAAAGUUUUACCAAAUUUCAAUCCUAUAAUUGUUCCUAUGCCAAUGUCUAAAAGCUUAACUAUUUUACCAAAAGAAGAAAAUAUUAGUAGCUACAUUGAUGAGUAUAAAGAGAUUAAUAAAAAAAUUAAAGGUGGAUGGGCAAAAGUAGAAAAUAAAAGAGAAUUAGAGAGCCUUAGAAGCAUGCUUGCUACAAGAAAAACUACAGGACAAGCACCUACUCUAUCAAAAGAAAGAGAAAUGCAGCUUUAUGGUUUGAUUGAAGAAAUUUCUAUAGCAAUAUCUAAAUCUUUGGAAAAGCAGCAAAUGAAAGAAAUGAAGGAAAAACAGCUGAGAGAAGAGCAAAUUAGGCAAAAGGAAGAAAAUGAUAGAAAACUAAAAGAGCAGCAAGAAAAAGAAAAAAAUCUUAAGGAAAAGCAAAGCAGAGAUCAGUUUGAAAAAGAACUCGAAUUAAAAAAGAAAUCUGAACAAGAUAAGCUUAAAGGGCAAUUAAAAAAUUAUGGAGAAAAGUAUUGGAUUGAUGCAGAAAAUGACAACGACACAAAUUUAGUGAUGCAAGAUGAAGCAACCAACCCAGUCUCUCCAAUCCAAAACCGAGACAUUCCUCCAAUCAACCCAACUGAUGAAAGAUUUAAGCAAUAUAUCAAUGCACAAAUUAUUGAAUAUAAUAAAAAAGUAGAAGAAGGGAAGCGUAAACUUCCCAGAGACUUGCUAGAUGAGCUUAACUGCUUGACUAAUCAGAUGGACACUCAUCGAGGGGACCAAGAGUCUUUGAAAAACAGAAUAAAUGCAGCUUUAAGCUUGCUAAAUAGAAUUAGUGCAGAUUCACAAGAAUUUACGUUAAUUACUUUAAGCGAAAAGCUAAUAGCAAGAAACAAAGAUAUUGGUGCUGAUAUUGAUUCAGGGCCACUUUUCACCUUAAAUGUCACAGACUUCAUCUUUUCACUAGCUCAACAAUAUCCAUCUUUGCACAGAAACUUUUAUUAUGCAAUUGUUUCGAAACUGAAGAUUAUGAUACCAACAUAUGGGUCAUGGACAACUCAAGACAUAUUGAGCCGCUCCCAACUUAAAGAUGUGACUGCUGACCAAUAUUCAGUAGCUAUGGAUACGUCGAGAGCUUUUGGGAUUUUAUUAGGCACUUAUUUUACCCAUCCAGCAUCUCAUUGUAAUAUUCAGGACUGCUGAAGGUGGCUUUCGUUUGUGCUGAAUAUUCCUUUUGAAUAUAUUGACAGAAGCUAUAUGGCUACAUUAGAAGGAUUCUUAAAAGUAACUGGACCUUUUAUGAAAGAAAAGUAUGGGAAACAAUAUGCUAAGAUUGUAAAGCUUCUGCAAAAUGAGUUCCUAACUGCUAUCAAGAAUAAAUUUUCUUUCAAAGAGGAACACAAAGCUUUUAUAACACAAUUAGAUUCAGUUCUCAGAAAAUUAUAA